AUGGCGAUCCAAGAUAUCCAACCUAACCAAAAGAGAAAGAUCAUUAUCUUCUCAGACUUCGAUGGCACAAUUUUCAUGCAAGAUACAGGCCACAUCCUGGUGGACCACCACGGCUGCGGCGCAGCCUACCGCAACAAAUUAGAAGAACAGUUCAAGACUGGCGAACGAUCCUUCCGUGACAUCUCCGAUGACAUGUGGGGAUCCCUUACAAUGCCCUUCGGCGACGGCUUUGACGUAAUGGAAAAGAACCUCCAAAUUGAUCCCGGUUUCCAAGAAUUCCACCAAUACUGCACCGAAAACGGAUUCCCCUUCAACAUCAUCAGUGCUGGUCUCAAGCCUAUUCUCCAGCGAGUCCUUGAUAUCUUCCUCGGCGAGAAAGAGGCCUCCUCAAUCGACAUCGUAGCAAACGACGUCCAGAUAACAGGCGGAAGCCCCUGGAAACCCGUCUGGCGCGACGCCUCUGAAUCAGGCCAUGACAAAGCAAUGUCGGUAAACACAGCGCGCCAACAAGCGCAAGCAGAAUGCACACCGGACGAAAUCCCAUUGAUCGUCUUCAUCGGCGACGGAGUCAGCGAUCUAGCCGCAGCCCGCGAAGCAGACGUCCUCUUCGCGCGCCGCGGUCUCCGCCUCGAGGAACACUGCAUCGAGCACGGUAUUCCAUACACGGCGUUCGAUACCUUCGCUGAUAUCAAGCGUGAGGUUGAGGCUAUCUCGCGUGAGGAUCAGAAGAAGACUGGUGGUGUGGGCAAGCCGGUGCGGUAUAAUCCUCGUGCUAAUAUGUGGCGGAGGAUUUCGAGUAAGGAGGCUGUUCCUACGCUUAUGAAGUCUGCUGCUACGCCCUCUAAUGAGGAGAAGAUGUUCCUUUGGCCGGAGACUUUCUCGGAACCUGCUAAUACUUCUGCUACGGCUGGUUUGCCUGAUGGACAUAAGCCUUCUACUAUUCAGGAGGAGACUUAG